AUGUCUCGACACGGCAAACCAUUCCUGGGCCUCGAAGGCUCCGCCCUUUCGUGGGCUAUCAGCUUGUGCUCCGCUAGCGCUUUUCUUUUGUUUGGCUAUGACCAAGGCAUCAUGGGAAGUAUCAUCUCUACUCCUUAUUUCCUCGAAGCCGUUAGCAUCUCGCCUACAAAGGCGACCGAUGCCGAUACCAUCUCCACCGUUGUUUCCAUAUACGAUGUCGGGUGCAUGGUCGGAUGUCUUGUCGCUGCAAUUUGGGGUUCGUCUCUCGGUCGAAAGCGUACAAUCGGAGUUGGGAUGAUCAUAAUGGUGAUCGGCAAUGUGGCUCAACUCAUUGUCGGGAGAAUCGUCUCUGGCAUCGGGAAUGGAAUGAACACUGGAACAGUCCCAACAUGGGUCUCCGAGACGUCCAAAGCCAAGCAUCGAGGGCAGUUGGUCGCAACUCAGUUGUCAAUUGCAGCAUUUGGCAUUGUGAUUGCAUACUGGAUGAAUUAUGGCUUCUUUCACCUCACUGGGCAGGUGGUGUGGCGCUUUCCAGUUGCUUUCCAAGCCGCGUUUGCCAUUCCCACCAUUUUCGGUCUCUUCUGGCUCCCAGAAAGCCCACGAUGGCUGUAUUCGAAGAACCGAAAUGAAGAGGCAGAUAUAGUCAUGUCAGCCUUGAAGGGUCUUCCGAUCGAACAUGAAGUGAUUCAAGCUGAACGCAGUGAAAUUCUCGCCGCAAUUGCUUUGGAAGAUCACUUCGGUGAAUACAGUCUGAAAACCAUCUUCUAUGAUCGAUCUGGUCAGAAGAUCCCUCAGCGGAUGGCGUUGGUCUUCAUCAUUCAGAUGAUCCAACAACUGCCCGGUGUCAAUAUUGUCAUCUAUUAUUCCAGCACUGUCUUCUUGCAACUGGGGAUAUCUGCCAAUCUUUCUCUGGUCUUGGGCGGCGUUGCGUCUAUCAGCUUCUGGGUGGGUUCACUGUUUGGCAUUGCCCUUAUCGAGCGCGUUGGACGGAAGAAGCUGCUUGUUUCCGGAACAAUUCCAAUCCUAAUCGGGUAUUGUAUAUACACGCCCAUGGUCAAGAAUGGAGGAACAGCACAACUCUGGGUGGCUUUCGGAGCGACGUGCUUGAUCUGCGUGGCUUUCGGUUGGAGUUGGCUGCCGACUCCGUGGUGCCUUGGCCCUGAACUUGUCCCGGUGAGGUACAGGCAUAUCGGGAAUGCGUUGAACGCCUUUGCAAACUGUGAGUUUGCAGUCAAGGUGGGCCCGAUUGGCAUUGCCAACAUUCACUGGCGAUUAUACAUCGUAUUCAUAAUCUUCACCUUCCUUCAAUUGCCCAUCGUCUGGUUCCUGUAUCCCGAGACUCGUGGUUUAACCCUCGAGGAGAUCGACACGGUCUUCGUGAAAGAUCAUGCUGUGACAGAUGCCCUCGCAGAAAAGGCGGAGCAUGUGCGCCAUUUGGAGAGCAAACAUGUUGAUGUUACUUCAAUUGAUGCUGCGUAG